UCAGACGUGAGGUUCGCAGCAGGCCGAAGAGGAGGAAGAAGGGGCCGUGGGAGCAGAGUGGGUGGUUAUUGCCUCAGUGAGGGCUCUGAGGGUCCCACUGGAAGAGGCAGGGGGGAUCUGGGCUUGGGCAGGGGCUCUGGAAUGCAGCCCCCUUCACUGCUGCUGCCGCUGCUGCUGCUGCUGUGCCAGUCAGUCGUCCAGACCAGAGGGCUGCAGUGCGGGAGUUUCCCAGAACCCUGUGCCAAUGGAGGCACCUGCCUGAGCCUAUCUCAGGGGCAAGGGACCUGCCAGUGUGCCCCUGGCUUCCUGGGUGAGACAUGCCAGUUUCCGGACCCCUGCCAGGGUGCCCAGCUCUGCCGGAAUGGAGGCAGCUGUCAAGCCCUGCUUCCCACCCUUCCCAGCCCCCCCAGCCCUCCCUCUCCCUCGGCCCCCAGCUUCUUCUGCGCCUGCCCCUCUGGCUUCACUGGUGAGAGGUGCCAGGCCCAGCUCAAGGACCCCUGUUCUUCCUUCUGUUCCAAAAUGGGCCGCUGCCACGUCCAGGCCUCGGGCCGCCCACAGUGCUCCUGCAUGCCGGGAUGGACAGGUGAGCACUGCCAGCUCCGGGACUUCUGCUCAGCCAACCCCUGCGUCAACGGAGGGGUGUGUCUGGCCACAUACCCCCAGAUCCAGUGCCGCUGCCCACCUGGCUUCGAGGGCCAUGCCUGCGAACGCGAUGUCAACGAGUGUUUCCUGGACCCAGGACCCUGCCCCAAGGGCACCUCCUGCCAUAACACCCUGGGGUCCUUCCAGUGCCUCUGCCCUGCUGGGUGGGGGGGUCCACGCUGUGAGCUCCGGCCAGGACCCUGCCCCCCCAGGGGCUGUCCCAGUGGGGGCACCUGUCAAGUGGUUCCAGGGAGAGACUCCACCUUCCACCUCUGCCUGUGUCUCCCAGGUUUCACAGGCCCAAGCUGUGAGGUGAAUCCAGAUGACUGUGUCGGGCACCAGUGUCAGAACGGGGGCACCUGUCAGGAUGGGCUGGGCACCUACACGUGCCUCUGCCCAGAGGCCUGGGCAGGCUGGGAUUGCUCUGAAGAUGUGGACGAAUGUGAGGCUCAGGGUCCCCCUCGCUGCAGAAACGGGGGUACCUGCCAGAACUCAGCUGGCGGCUUCCAUUGUGUGUGUGUGAGCGGCUGGGGGGGCACGGGCUGCGAGGAGAACCUGGACGACUGUGUUGCCGCCACCUGUGCCCCAGGUUCCACCUGCAUCGACCGUGUGGGCUCCUUCUCCUGCCUCUGCCCACCUGGCCGCACAGGCCUCCUGUGCCACAUGGAGGACAUGUGUCUGAGCCAGCCGUGCCACCGGGAAGCCCAGUGCAACACCAACCCCCUGAGGGGCUCCACAUUCUGCGUGUGUCAGCCUGGCUACACGGGGCCCACUUGCCACCAGGACCUGGACGAGUGUCAGAUGGCCCAGCAAGGCCCCAGUCCCUGUGAACACGGCGGCUCCUGCCUCAACACGCCCGGCUCCUUUGACUGCCUCUGUCCCCCUGGCUACACGGGAUCCCGCUGCGAGGCCGAUCACAAUGAGUGCCUGUCGCAGCCCUGCCACCCUGGCAGCACCUGCCUGGACUUGCUCGCCACCUUCCAGUGCCUCUGCCCACCAGGCUUAGAAGGGCGGCUCUGUGAGGUAGAGACAGACGAGUGCGCCUCUGCCCCUUGCCUGAACCAGGCUGACUGCCACGACCUGCUCAAUGGCUUCCGGUGCGUCUGCCGGCCCGGAUUCACUGGCCCCCGGUGUGAGGAGGACAUCGACGAGUGCAGAAGCUCUCCCUGCGCCAACGGUGGGCAGUGCCAGGACCAGCCUGGAUCCUUCCAUUGCAAGUGUCUCCCAGGCUUUGAAGGCCCACGCUGUCAGGCGGAGGUGGACGAGUGUCUGAGUGGCCCAUGCCCCACUGGAGCCAGCUGCCUUGACCUCCCAGGAGCUUUCCUUUGCCUCUGCCCAUCUGGCUUUACAGGUCAUCUCUGUGAAAUUCCCCUGUGUGCCCCCAACCUGUGCCAGCCCAAGCAAAGAUGCCAGGAUCCGGAGGAAGAGACCCACUGCCUCUGCCCCAGUGGAAGCCCUGGCUGUGCCCCAGCUGAAGACGACUGCACCUGCCACCAUGGGCACUGCCAGAGAUCCUCGUGUGUGUGUGAUGUGGGUUGGACAGGACCGGAGUGUGACACAGAGCUGGGGGGUUGCGUCUCCACACCCUGUGCCCACGGAGGGACCUGCCACCCCCAACCCUUUGGCUUCAACUGCACCUGCCCCACAGGUUACACAGGGCCCACUUGCAGCGAGGAGGUGACAGCUUGUCACUCAGGGCCCUGUCUCAACGGUGGUUCCUGUAGCCCCAGCCCUGGGGGCUACUCCUGCACCUGCCCUCUGAGCCACACCGGGCUCCGCUGCCAGACCAGCAUUGACCACUGUGCCUCUGCACCGUGCCUCAAUGGGGGCACCUGUGUGAACAGGCCCAGCACCUACUCCUGCCUCUGCACCACGGGCUUCCAGGGCCCACGCUGCGAGGGAAGGAUCCGUCCCAGCUGUGCGGACAGCCCCUGUAGGAACAGGGCAACCUGCCAAGACGGCCCUCAGGGUCCUCGCUGCCUCUGUCCCCCUGGCUACACAGGAGGCAGCUGCCAGACGCUGAUCGACUCAUGCGCUCAGAAGCCCUGUCCACACAAUUCCCACUGCCUCCAGACUGGGCCCUCCUUCCAGUGCCUGUGCCUCCAGGGAUGGACUGGGCCUCUCUGCAACCUACCGCUGUCCUCCUGCCAGAAGGCUGCUCUGAGCCAAGGCACAGAAGUCUCUUCCGUGUGCCAGAAUGGAGGCAUCUGCAUCGACAGCGGCCCCUCCCAUUUCUGCCACUGUCCCCCUGGAUUCCAAGGCAGUAUAUGCCAGGAGAGGGUGAACCCCUGUGAGUCCAGGCCCUGCCAGCACGGGGCCACCUGCAUGGCCCAACCUAAUGGUUAUUUCUGCCAGUGUACACCAGGCUACAGUGGACAGAACUGCUCAAAGGAACCUGACGCUUGUCAAUCCCAGCCCUGUCACAACCAUGGAACGUGCACCCCCAAACCUGGAGGCUUCCACUGUGCCUGCCCUCCAGGCUUUGUGGGGCUGCGCUGUGAGGGGGACGUGGAUGAAUGUCUGGACCAGCCCUGUAACCCCACAGGCACUGCAGCCUGCCACUCUCUGGCCAAUGCCUUCUACUGCCAGUGUCUGCCUGGACACACAGGCCAGUGGUGUGAAGUGGAGCUAGACCCCUGCCAGAGCCAGCCCUGCUCCCACGGAGGGUCUUGUGAGGCCACAGCAGGACCACCCCCAGGAUUCACCUGCCACUGCCCCCAGGGUUUUGAAGGCCCCACCUGCAGCCACAGAGCCCCCUCCUGCGGUCUCCAUCACUGCCACCACGGUGGCCUGUGUCUGCCCUCCCACAAGCCUGGAUUCCCACCCCGCUGUGCCUGCCUCAGUGGCUAUGGGGGCCCUGACUGCCUGACCCCACCCAUCCCUCCAGGCUGUGGCCCUCCUUCUCCAUGCCUACACAAUGGCAGCUGCUCAGAGACCCCUGGGCUGGGGGGCCCAGGCUUUCGAUGCUCCUGCCCUCCCAGCUCUCCAGGGCCCCGGUGUCAGAGGCCUGGAGCAAAGGGAUGUGAGGGCAGAAGUGGAGAUGGGGCCUGCGACGCUGGCUGCAGCGGCCCAGGAGGAAAUUGGGAUGGUGGGGACUGCUCCCUGGGGGUCCCAGACCCCUGGAAGGGCUGCCCCUCUCAUUCUCGGUGCUGGCUUCUCUUCCGGGAUGGGCAGUGCCAUCCACAGUGUGACUCUGAAGAGUGUUUGUUUGACGGCUAUGACUGUGAGACUCCUCCAGCCUGCACUCCAGCCUAUGACCAGUACUGCCGUGAUCACUUCCACAAUGGACACUGUGAGAAGGGCUGCAACACUGCAGAAUGUGGCUGGGAUGGGGGCGACUGCAGGCCCGAAGACGGGGAUUCGGAGUGGGGGCCCUCCCUGGCCCUGCUGGUGGUGCUGAGCCCCUCAACCCUGGACCAGCAGCUGCUUGCCCUGGCCCGGGUGCUGUCCCUGACUCUGAGGGUAGGGCUUUGGGUAAGGAAAGAUAGGGAUGGCAGGAACAUGGUGUACCCCUAUCCUGGAGCCCAGGCCGAAGAGGAGCUAGGAGGAGCCCCAGACCCCUCUCACCAUGAGAGAGCAACCCCUCAAACACAGCCUACAGGCAAGGAGACGGACUCCCUCAGCACUGGGUUUGUGGUGGUGAUGGAUGUGGACUUGUCCCACUGUGGCCCCGACCAUCCUGCAUCCCGCUGUCCCUGGGACCCUGGGCUCCUGCUCCGCUUCCUUGCUGCGAUGGCCGCAGUGGGGGCCCUGGAGCCCCUACUGCCAGGACCCCUGCUGGCUGCCCACCCUCGUGCAGGCACCGAGCCGCCCGCCAACCAGCUUCCCUGGCCUGUACUGUGCUCGCCGGUGGCCGGGGUGCUUCUCCUGGCCCUCGGGGCUCUUCUCGUCCUCCAGCUCAUCCGCCGGAAGCGCCGAGAGCAUGGGGCCCUCUGGCUGCCCCCUGGGUUCACUCGAAGGUCUCAGACUCAGCCAGUUCCCCGCCGACGCCGGCCCCCGCUGGGCGAGGACAGCAUCGGCCUCAAGGCACUGAAACCAGAGGCAGAAGUUGAUGAGGAUGGAGUUGUGAUGUGCUCGGGCCCCAAGGAAGGAGAAGAGGCGGACCAGGCUGAAGAAAUGGCCUCACCCUCCAAGUGCCAGCUCUGGCCUCUGAGUAGUGACUGUCAGGAGCUCCCCCAGGCAGCCAUGCUGACUCCUCCCCAGGAUUCUGAGAUGGAUGUCCCUGAUGUGGACACCCGUGGACCUGAUGGGGUGACACCCCUGAUGUCAGCAGUCUGCUGUGGGGGAGUGGAGCCCAGGACCUAUCAGGAGACAUGGCUGGGAAGCCCUGAGCCCUGGGAACCUCUGCUGGGUGGAGGGGCCUGUCCCCAGGUUCACACCGUGGGCACUGGGGAGACUCCCCUGCACCUGGCUGCUCGAUUCUCCCGGCCAACUGCUGCCCGCCGCCUCCUUGAGGCAGGAGCCAACCCCAACCAGCCAGACCGGGCAGGGCGCACCCCGCUUCACACCGCUGUGGCCGCUGAUGCUCGGGAGGUUUGCCAGGUCAGUGCACACUGGGGCUGCUAA